ACAUUGUUACUGAAUCGUUGAAUUUUGCUGAAUUUCAAACUUCAGUUUUGAACAAAAAUGACUUCCUGCUUUCAGUGGCUUCUACUCAAUAUAAGCAUAACCAUGAUAAAGAGUAUGAUCCUUGCAUUUUAUUUGAAACAUACUUGGGGACCGAUAUGGAUGCUUCCAAGAACCAGUUGAUAGAAUAUCCUAUUAAAGUUCUUCGGGAUAUAUUGUCUUCAGGUAUGACACAGACACAUACUCUCCUGGAUACAAUAGUCUCAAAAGUCCCAAAUUUAAAUAUUAUUAUUUGAAUUUUGUGAGUUCUUGUCGCUUGACUUUUUUUGCUGGCUUUAGCUGUGUACAAUCUGCAAAUAUAAUCUUAUAGUUGUGCUAUUGCUUUUUUAUUUAUCUGAUGCAGGUUUAGUGAAAGGGGAAACUCUGAUUGAAACUCUGAUUGCUACUUCAUCGUUUAUGCAUAUGUUGGUGGCUGCUGAUUACUUUGACAACAUCAUCAUGUUACACUCCUGUGAAUCAUGUGAACAAGAGGCACAGAAAUGGUUAAACAAGGAACAAGAAGCCAUAGACCACUCUCACCUUACAACCUGUGUCUGUGGUCUUAAAGGGGAAUGCACAACAUGUGAGGAUCAUGAAGAAAAAACCACAACAGCCAACAAACAGGUGGUACGAUGGAACAUUACCAAAGAGAACCCACUUGAUGAUGUUGUGUUGCCCCAAGCAGACUAUGUGCUCAGUUUUGCAUAUUUGGAUCUUGUUAGUAAAGAUCAUGAGAUGUAUCUAAAACUUCUAAAACAAAUCUCCUCCCUUGUGAAGAUAGGAGGUCACCUGAUAAUGCUUGGAGCCCUUAAUGAAACGUACUACAUGUUAGGCCAACACAAGUUUUCUACCCUGGCUUAUGAUGAACAGUUUGUACGAAAGGCUCUGGCAAAGAACGGGUUUAUUAUAGAGAGAUUUGGGAAAGAGAAAAGCAGAUAUAAUUCUGGUUUGUGUGAUUAUGAAUAGUUGACAUAUUCGGUAUCCCAAAAGUUAAAGAGAGGCCUAAAUUCCUGAAUCUCCAAAGAUGAAGCUGUGUUCAUUUUAUUGAUUACAUUGUUGUUCUUUAACCCUUUAAGUGC